CUCUAGAAUCGACACAACUCUAAUAUAAUACAAGUGUGCUGUGCGCUUCAUUUUUACACAAUUUUAGAUAUAUAUUUACAUUGGAAUAUCUCCGAUUCUCAGAAGUAUUUGAAGACGCAUUAAGCAAUCCAAUCACAUAGUAACUAUAGUGGAAGCGAUAAAUAUAUAUGAAGAGAACGACAGAGAAGCAGCACACCUAGAAAGCAAAACGCUAUAUUCAAAGACGACGCACACACAGUGCGUGUGUGUGUGCCAGCGUGCGUGUGUGUGUGUGUGAGUGCCUAUGUCAGUGUUUCAGUGCGUGCUUCUGUCGUCGUCGUCGUCGUAGUUCGUCGAACACGAAAAAAGGAGUAAGCCAAAAAGAAGCUGAGGCUGUGUGCACAACGUAGGAACGAAGGAGGAACAGCUAUUUUGCCGGAACACGCAAUUCUGUUGUUGUAGAGAGGAGCAACAGCAGCGCCCUCUACAAACGAAAAACGCUUACAUACAUAUAGAAAACCAACAAGAACAAGCAGAACAACAACAAACACACACACAAGCAGAAGCAGCAACAAAGGUGUUGCCCCACAACAACAAAAAAAAGAAGAAAGAUGCAACAACAACAACAGGAAUCAGGAGGCGAAGAGAGCUGGCUAGAGGAGCAGUUCCUACGCGAAAUCAACGGCCAAAACGAUGAAUACGAGCGCGAAUUUGUGCGUCAACGCGACAACAAUUUAAGCACCGUCUGGGGCGCAUUCCAGGAUUCGGCCACAGCCGUUGCACAGCUCUAUCGUGAGCGCUCAUCAAACACAUACGCUUCAGAGACUGGAGCACUGUGGCUGCCCUUUCAGACUGCAGCUGGCACAGUGACAACACUCUACAAAGAAUCUUGUGAUGGUCUCAAACGCACCAGCGACGCUGCCAUACAAUGCGGCUACCAAAGACGCACACGCGAACUGGCCGAUUGGGCGCGUAGCAAAAAACGCCGGAUGAUACGUCGCGAGGAUUUGCUGGCGUUUUUAGCUGGAAAACCGCUGCCAAUGCAAUCAACGAAUCCACAUGCCAAUCGUCGCUCACCGAAGCCAGAGCAUAAUAAUCAUCAUGGUGGCCAAGUCAGUGGAGGUGGAGGAGGCGCCAAUGGCGUCACUGGUUUUGCUAGCAACGGACUGAACAUGAUGGCGCCCACAAACACAAAUGGUGGACAGACAGCAGCGACAGCUGCGCACUUGCUUAAUAACCCCGCAAGCGGUCAGGUGGCAACAGUCGGCGCCACAGGCGGUGCUCUGGGCGCCGCCAGUGGCAUCGUUGGCGAUGAUUUGCACACUUUCAAGGAGGCCUUAGUUUUGCGUCCACGUGGUCCGGAACUAUUUGCAUUUGUUGCCAACGAAAUAGCGCGUCAUUGCAAGCGGCCCGGCAGUCCCAUCGAUGAUAAAAUGGAUAUUUGUCAUUACAGUAGUAAACGUCAGCGCUUUAUGUAAUGUGCAGCCUCUCGUCGGGAUCUACAUAACACGAUACACACACAAACAUACACCACGCCCACAUUAACUACAUUAAAAUUCACAUAUACAACGUUCUACACAUACAUAAAGGAAUAUGUAUGAGGGCUAAAGCAUAACCAGCAAUUUAUACCCGCUCAAUACAAAAAAAAAAAACUAAACUAAACUGAACGAAACAGAAAGAGGACGAUAGGAACAGUCCAAAGGUCCCGCUCACUCGUAACGAGAAAUAGAGAGAGAGGGCGAAUGUGAAAAGGAUGGACAGUAGAAAAUGAAUUUAAUAUUCUUAAUGUCGAUAGACACAUGUAUUGACAAGUCGUGUAAAAUAUUAUAUUCAAAAGUCUUGUUAUUGCGCUAAGCCACAACUACAAAAACAACAUACACAACACUUGACUCGCCUCAUUUAUCCAUCAAACAAGGACAGAUACGAGAGACUUAUAUGACAGACAGAGACAGAAACACUACACAUGCAGCCUGUUGUACGAAAAUACACAAACAAAAAUAUUACAAAAAGAAAAACAACAACAAAAAAAAAAAAAAGAAAUCAACUUAAAAAAUAGAACACACCGAGAACAGCAUAAGUUAAAUUUAGUUAGUUAAGUUAGUUAAGCAAAGAACCCCCUUUCGUUAUAAGUCUUACACAACAAGUCAAGAGAAGUGAUCGAAACCGUAGGAAACAAACAAAACAAAACAAAAAAGAAACAAUGUAAGUUAAAUGAGAAAACAAAGUAUAUGUAUUUAUUGUAUUGUGUUGUUGGACGAUCAAACAAACAAAAAUGUAUAACUGUAACCACACACACACACACACUCACACAUAUGAUUGGCGCCACAGAUAGCAAAACAAUUGUGAACGUAUUAAACACAAAAACAAACGGUUAAAAUGUAGCGAAUACUGUAAUAUAUUCUACAACAAAAACUAUAGAUAACUCUGUUGUUAAAAGCCAAAAGAUGUACAUAAGAAUGAAACUGAUACAAAAGAAAGAAAAGAUACAGAUAAACUAAACAUAUUCUUCAAGCACAGACAGAAAUGAUUUCAAUGCGAAACUAAAAAAAAAAAAAAAGAAAAAUACAAACUAAACUAAUACCUUAUUAACUGUUUUA